CUGUUCUCGCACAUUUGGGUUCUUGUAUAUGCGAACGACACAUUAAUGCGGGACGGGUCACCGCUUGAAAUUUGAACUUACUAACGCUUGGAACGUCAGGCCCGGGCAUGCGUGAUAUUGCGCCAAUGCGGCCUAUUGCGAACGCACGUUUUGCACACACAUGGACGAGUCAUGGUUCGACCCAAGCGACGUUUAGCGUAUCUUGGGUUGCUAUAAAGUCCUUGUGCGCAUUCAUAGUGAACAUUAAAUAGCCCUCUGUUGGCUAUUCUCCCUGUCCACCUCAGGCUUACAGUUGCUCGACGACCAUCGUAAGUUCUGUGAGAGAUCAUCUACACGUUUCUAAGCUGUCAUGGGCGAAGUACCUCCCGUGUACUCGCGCAUUUCCCUCCCUGCGGGGUAUUGCCAAGCUGCGCCAACCUAUACUGAGAUCGCUCAGUGUUCUGAGCGCGUCCUUCAUUCUGCCCCCGCUUCUCCAGUCACUUCUCGUGUCUCCCGUCAGUGUCCUUAUGUCUAUAAGACUGACCAUCUCGAAAUCAACUUGGGCAGGUCUCCUUGGGGGAUGCACCAUGCUGCCUAUGGGCGUGGUGGUAUCGUCGAAGGGACUGUCAAAUUCAUCAGGAACUGCUCGCAUGUUGUGCGAGUCACUGUGAAGCUACAAGGGCAUGUCACCACUAGAGCAUCAGAGCAUCCUUUGGUUGCCGUACCCCAGGUCACCAAACUCUGCCUCCUCUCCAAAGUCAUUACGGUUUACUUCGCCCCUGGAAAAGCCGAAACAAUACCCGCGUGCAAGACCUUCCCGUUCUCCAUCCCAUUUCCCGAGACAGUCCUAGGCCAAGAUUCCGUUCCACUUCCCCCAACAUUUACUACCUUUCAUCCUUCGGCCAUCUCAGACGUCGAAUACGCGCUUCAAGUGGACGUCGUGCGCAAGGGCCUACAUCGGCAUGAAAUGUGCGCGGUCCCGGUGCUCUAUUUCCCCAAGUCCAGGCCUGCGCUACCUUCGGUACCGGCAAGUUUGUUCGAUGACCCGUAUCUGCAAUUGCAUGAACGCGUCAAACGCAUUGCAAUCGAACCUGCUUGGCCAAGGUGCACGGAUCCGACUUCAAUACCCAUUGAGGAGGUGCCAUUGGUCGAUCUUUUGAUACCUGCACCUGCCUGCUUCGCCUCUGGCAACACCAUUCCCAUUGCAUUAAUGAUCAGAUGUCCAUUCUCUCCUAUUCUUCCACAAGCUCUAGCUCCGAAUAUUGGCUUAUUCUUGGUAAAGCGGAAGAAGCUGUGGCUCCAUGGCGGACGCCAAAUCAGUGUUCGGGAACAACUGAUAUAUAAGGCUGAAACCUUUCGUAUGACUGAGAUAGAAGAGGGCGUGAGGCAUUUGACCUUCGAGCUCCGAGCUGGAGAGGCUGGCUGUGAGCAUUCGUUUAAGGUUAACGACGCCAUGCAGGUUGAGCACUUCAUCCGAGUCAUCAUUCGCCCGCCGGCAUAUCUGAAACACAUCCCUGUCUUUCAACACGAUGAGCCGGUUGAGCUUACCACAGAUCAGUAUGGAACACUUGAACACGAAUUGCUUGCCAUGGAUGGCAUCCCGACGCCUGCCUUGGGUUUGGCCACGCCAGCUCUGAGAUGUUCAGCUUCCCGCUAGAGUUAUUGAAGGGCACUUGGAUUGAGCGAUCAGAAUUCCGUAGGCAUACUUAUAUGCAGGGAGUCGGAUGUCGGAUAACCCGUAUGAGUUGCAUAAUUUCGCUUUCAGUAUUGCUAUAGUAUAUUGCAUUCUUUGUUGUCGCCAUUCUGUUCGAGCAAC